AUGGAUACCACCAACCACAAGUCCAUCGGUCACGCAGCCACUCAGCCCGCCCACGUCCAGAUUCGCUUGGUCCUGGACACUAUCAAGGCUCUCGGCGAUGACAUUCGCAAGUGGUCAGUCACUGCUCGCAGCCUUCGUCAUGGUGGCAACGUCGAUGUCGAAGAUGGCCAGGGCAACCUCAUUGGCACUGCCCCUAAGCUUGCCCUCCUCGUUGUCUCUACCAUUUUCCGUCAGCAUUUCGAGGACAAAAAACAGACUCUAGGAAAGGUCAAGGAAUCGAUUCUUCCCACCAUUGACAAAGCGUGCCGUGGGUGUCAUUUUUCAAGGGGGUCCAAUAUGAUGAUCGGGCAGCCCGACUACCAACCCGGCCAUUCACGUUCCCUGUCUCCAAACAUCGACCUCAUCAAGGUUUGUUACGCUUCCAUCAAGCUCGGUAUGGGGGCCAUAUGUCCGGCACUUUCGGCCGUGCCUACCAGAGUGACCUUCGGUUACCGCACUCCCAACCCAGGAUGA